AUGAACGGCGCUGCGGCACCGGAGCGCUCGCCCUCAGCCUCGCCCCCGCCUCCGGCCCAGGCACAGGCACAGGCGCCGCCGUCGCCCUCUCCGACGCAGCCGCUCGAGUGGAGGUUCUCCCAGGUGUUCGGCGAGCGCAGCGCCGGGGAGGAAGUCCAGGAUGUUGACAUCAUCUCAGCAAUAGAGUUCAAUGAAUCAGGACAUCAUCUUGCCACUGGAGACAGAGGUGGACGAGUUGUUUUAUUUGAAAGGACCGAUGUCAAAGAUCAUGCCUGUAGAAAAGAUGCUGAGAAAGCUGAUUAUUCUAUCAGCAGGCAUCCCGAAUUUCGCUACAAAACUGAAUUUCAAAGCCACGAACCAGAGUUUGAUUACCUUAAGAGCUUGGAAAUUGAAGAGAAGAUUAACCAAAUAAAGUGGUGUCAAGCAGCAAACGGUGCAUUGUUUCUUCUAUCCACAAAUGACAAAACAAUAAAGUUUUGGAAGGUCCAAGAAAAGAAGGUAAAAAAGGUAUCUGAGAUGAAUUUGGACCAUUCAACUGCUCCUGCAAAUGGUAGUCCUGGUGGCGUGGGCUAUCUGAGCCCAUCUCUCUCAAAUGGCAAUGCUCUAAAACCUGGCGGGCUUCCUUUGCUUCGCCUGCCUGUGGUUACAAGCCAAGAAACAAGUCUUGCUGCGAGCUGCCGAAGAGUAUAUGCUCAUGCACAUGACUACCAUAUAAAUUCGAUAUCAAAUAACAGUGAUGGUGAGACAUUUAUAUCAGCUGAUGAUUUGCGGAUAAAUCUCUGGAAUUUGGAAAUCAGCAAUCAAAGUUUCAAUAUUAUUGAUGUUAAGCCUACAAACAUGGAAGAUCUCACUGAGGUGAUAACAUCUGCUGAAUUCCAUCCUACUCAUUGCAAUACAUUGGCGUAUAGUAGCUCUAAGGGCUCCAUUCGACUUGUUGAUCUGCGGCAAUCAGCCCUUUGCGACACUCAUUCCCAAAUCUUUGAGCAGCAUGAGGCCCCAGGUUCAAGAUCAUUUUUCACAGAGAUUAUAGCUUCAAUUUCGGACAUAAAGUUUUCGAAGGAUGGGAGACAUAUUCUCAGUCGUGACUACAUGACUCUGAAGCUUUGGGAUGUUAAGAUGAAUUCUGGUCCAGUUGCAACAUUCCAGGUUCAUGAGUAUCUAAGGCCUAAGUUAUGUGAUUUAUAUGAAAAUGACUCAAUUUUCGACAAAUUUGAGUGUUGUCAAAGUGGUGAUGGAUUAAGAGUAGCAACUGGUUCCUACAGCAACAUUUUCCGCGUGUUUGGUUGCGGUACUGGUAGCAGUGAGGCAACAACACUUGAAGCAACCCGAAACCCUACAAGGAGGCAGCUCCAGAAUCCCACUAGAGCUACCAGAUCCCUAAGUACUCUGACAAGGGCAGUUAGACGAGGUGGAGAAAGCACUGGAAUAGAUGUCAAUGGAAAUUCCUAUGAUCUGAGCACAAAGUUGCUCCAUUUAGCUUGGCACCCAUCUGAAAACCUAAUUGCGUGUGCUGCAGCCAAUAGCUUGUACAUGUACUACGCAUAA